AUGUAACACAAGACGAGUGGGUAGAUGAGACUUGGUCUAGGUUGAUAUGACUCCAAUUCAAUUACACACAGACACAAUAGAUGAAGAAAGAGGACUGAAAGGGGAGCAACAAUGGCAGAGGUGAAGAAUUCCUUAUUAUACCUUGGUGACAUAUUGAUUCGUUUGAAGGACAAUGAACAAAGGUAAAAAAAAAUGUCAGACAGGUAACAUCUUCUCAUGUUCCAAAACACACAGCAUGAUUCUGAGUUCUGACCCUUUCACCAUGCGAGAGAAUAUCCCUUUGCCUGGGGGAGCCAUUGAGUACUGGAACGUGAAAGAUUCCAAACAAAUUUUGGCAAUUGAUCGAACUUUUUAUCUCGUCUUUUGGCAAGUUUAAUCGUAGGCUUCGCAUCUCAUUCUUGGCUUUUAUUUUUUGGGUUUGAUUCGGUUUGAAGUUGAUAAGAUCACUAGGAUUUUUAAAAAAAAUUACGAUUGAGUAUAGUUGCAUUUUCGAGCUUUGAAUGAUCAUAAUCCUUUGUUAAGAUGGAAAUUGUCUCAUUUGAAUACAAAAUCUUCAAAUUAAAAAUUAACAAUAAUAUCGUUUGGUCAAACUCAUGUUAGCCAUUCGAAUCUGUUUUAACUACAUUUCAGAGGUCGAAUAUUUACGUAAAGAUAGAAUUGCAUAUUCAUCCUCUGAUUAAAAGAGAAGUGCAUAUUCCUCCCGACAAAAGCAUUUUUAUUUACAAGAAAAAAAGGCUAAUUAGUAAUUAUUGAUGAGUUUUUUUAUUUUGGUUUCGUAUAGCACACGGGGGAGGGGAUAAAGUUGGGGUGCGGGUGACACCAAACAUUACAUGUGCACAAGGAGACACGUGGCGUGUUGACAGAUAGGCUGCGGUCCUGAGAUCCUUUCUACUCCGCCGGAUCUUAACCACGUACGUGCGUGCACACUGCUUCUCAUAUAUUCACAUAGUACAUGAAACUGGGAAAAAAUCCCACUGUACACACGUUCUUAAAAAAAAUUCUCAAAAUACAUGAGUUAUAAAAAAAUUUUCCAAAGUACACAUGUUUGAGCAUCACCGUUUUAGACAAAAGCGGUGAAGGUCAUCACCGCUUUUGACCAAAACGGUGAAUACUUCAUCGUCUUAAACAAAAACGGUGAAGUAUUCACCGUUUCAAACUAAAACGGUUAAGUUUUCACCGCGUUAAUUAACAACGGUGAACACAUCACCGUUUUGGUCAAAAACGGUGAACCCAUUCAUCGUUGUUAAGUAACGCGGUGAUCAUUUCCCACGUUUCCCACCCCUGGUAGGUCAAAAUUAGGUCGCAGCUACCACCUAUUCACCGUUUGAGACAAACGCGGUGAUGAUGUUCACCGUUUUUGACAAAAACGGUGAAUAGUAGGCAGAUUUUCCUAUAAAUUGCACACCACCAGCAGUUGUAAAAACAUAACCACUCCCCUUUCUUCAAAUUUCAGCAACCAAAAUCGAGCAUAAUACACAGAACAGAAAUUUUUCGGUAUGUUGAGACUUUUCGUAUUAUAGUCUAAUUAUGUUUUUAGUAGUUAUAGUAUGAUUUAAUUUUCGUAUUAUGUUGUUGUUAGUUAGUUGAACUUAUGUUCGUUAGUUAUAGUAUGAUUUAAUUUUCGUAUUAUGUUGUUGUUAGUUAGUUGAAUUUAUUUUCGUUAGUUAUGGUAUGAUUUAAUAUUAGUUGUACAAUAUGAUUUUGGUUAAUUUUACUGUCUUUAAGCUAAUAGAUACUUAUUGUAAAUUGUAGAUAUGGGUAAAUUCAAGAAGUUUCAUCUUACUAUUCGGUGGAAUGGAAGGGUGACAAACUCUGACAUAGGCAUUGAUUAUGAGGACGGCGAAUCCAUUAUGCUGAAAAUUGAUCCCCGAUUCAAUUUUCAAGAACUCUGUGAUCUUUGUGCAGAAAGGGUUUGUACGAGCGGACAGACGAGACUUGGCAAAAUUACUUACCGGUAUCCAGACAUGAGUGCUGGCGGGGUCGUGUUCCAAGAAGUUGUCAUAAACGAUGAUGACGCGAUUAUGAUGAUGUUACAGUUCCUAAGCGAUAACCAAGUCCGGCUUGCAGAGGUGUAUGUUGAGACCGAGGCGGUCGGUAAAACUCAUUCUCCGUGUUUGUCUAACGCGGUGAAUACCCCGCGUUAGUCCACGUCAGCGCCUUCACCGUGGAAGUCUAAAACGGUGAAGGCUUCACCGUUUUUGUUUAAAACGGUGAGGUAUUCACCGUUCUUAACAAACGCGGUGAACCCUUCACCGUUUUAGUUUGAAACGGUGAAUACAUCACCGUUUUAGUUUAAAACGGUGAAGUAUUCACCGUUUUGGUCAAAAGCGGUGAUGACCUUCACCGCUUUUGUCUAAAACGGUGAUGCUCAAACAUGUGCACUUUUGGAAAUUUUUUUAUAACUUAUGUAUUUUGGGAAUUUUUUUUAAGAACUAGUGUACUUUGGGAUUUUUUCCCAUGAAACUGUACCGUACCAGCAGUUCAAUUACAAAAUACCAAUAUUGAAAGCUAAACGGUUAGGCGAUAUUUGACGAUAUUAAUGGUUGAACUAUGAAUAAACCACGAUUUUGUCAUAAAAUAUUAUACCGUUGACUUUUCCGGUACAAUCUCUAGUACAUUUUCAUGGACCAUAAUUCCAAGUAUCUGGGGUCGUUUGGAAGUUAUGAUUCUAAAUGAAUGAUUCUUUGAAUU